UUGAGUUUAUUAAAUGUUACUUUUUUACAUUUUAUUAGUUACUUACUGAUAUUUUUUAAUUUAUUUUUAAAAACAAAAAUUUUAAACGCAUUGGGAACUUUAUCUUGUAUUUUUGGUUCAUAAGCGAAAUGGAAAAUAUAGUUGAUAAAAAAUCGGAUAAUUUUGAAGAAGUAGAAACUACACUAGAAAAAAUGUUUGCCGGCAUUGAAGAUGAAAAUUCAGAACGUGAAAAAGAAACAAACAAUUUAGAGGAAAAUGAUAAGGGAAAGCAAGAUGUUAGUGAAAUAGCUAAGUGUUUGACCCAAGAAUUAGAAUCUAAAGAUCCAACGAUUGACAAAAAAGAUUCAAUUAUAGAUCAGCAUUUACAAACAAAUAAAACAAAAAAGCAAGGAGAAAAUGUGUCCAAGAAAAAAAAACCUGCAAAAAGAGAUGCAAAGUUGUUUAAACCUAUGGUGAAGACUGAAAAAAAGAAAAAUAAUGAAGUAUCAAAAAAAGAUGAAAAUAAUGGUAAAAUAAAGGGACCUUACAUUCAAAUUAAGUCCAAUAACACUAUACUUGUCAAUAAUUCAUCAUCGGAAGAAUAUAUUGAAAAUAAAGCAAAAAAAGGCAGUUCAAAUAGUGUUAAAAAUGAAAUAAAUAAAUUAAGAGGAUUAUACGUUAGCACUUUAAGCACAAAAUAUGACGCCGAUACAACAGAUGCAUCUUGGCUAUGUGUAUUUUGCAAAAAAGGACCACAUAAAUUAGGCUUAGGAGAUCUAUAUGGGCCAUAUAUUAUACAAUCCGCAGGUGACUGUGGAGAAAACGGUGAAAUAAAAUCAACAAACGCAGUCACGAAUAUUAAAACAAAAAGAAAAAAUGAAAAAAUUGAAAGUCCAAAGCACAUAUUAUCAACCGGUAUGCUGCAGGUAUCAGAAAACUCUUUUGAAAUAUGGUGCCAUGAAGACUGUAUUAUCUGGGCUGCAGGAGUAUAUUUAAUUGGCUUAAAAGUUAUUGGUUUAGAGAAUGCAGUUUGGAGUAGCAACCUUAACGAAUGUUCGCAAUGCAUGUUAAAUGGUGCAAUUAUUUGCUGUUUAUCAAGAGGCUGUUCAAAAAAAUCACAUUUCCCAUGCGCUAAAAUAAACAAGUGGGUUCUUGAUGAAACUAAUUUUAAAACUUACUGCCCAGAUCACAAAAUAUUUUAAUAAUUUUGUUAAAUGCAAAUUUUUUAAGAGAAUUUUUAAUUUUAGAAAGUAAUAAAAUGUGAGUAAUUCGAAAAAUUUGCUUUUAUAUAAGUUUUUAUAAGUUAUUAGCUAAAAUUUUAUUAACAAAUCCGAAAUGUAUCAAUUUAUGAAUCAGUAUUCCUUAUUCAAUAUAUAUAUGCCAACUUCCAA